GUAGCUUUGCCAAGGAUUUAUCAGCUAAGCAGAAAAUGAGCUUAACAUCCUGGUUUUUGGUGAGCAGUGGAGGCACCCGCCAUAGGCUGCCACGAGAAAUGAUUUUUGUUGGAAGAGAUGACUGUGAGCUGAUGUUACAGUCACGAAGCGUGGACAAACAACAUGCUGUACUUAAUUAUGAUGCCUCUACGGAUGAACACUUGGUGAAGGAUUUGGGCAGCUUGAAUGGGACGUUUGUGAAUGAUGUGAGGAUUCCAGAACAGACAUACAUCACUCUGAAGUUAGAAGAUAAAUUGAGAUUUGGAUAUGAUACUAAUCUUUUUACUGUCGUCAGGGGAGAGAUGAGAGUCCCUGAAGAAGCACUUAAGCAUGAAAAAUUCACAAGCCAACUCCAGUUAUCCCAAAAAUCUUCAGAGGCAGAAGGGUCAAAGCAAGCCAGCUCCAAAAGCUCAGAGUCCAAGGUUACAGACUCCACAGCUGAAGUGCACCACAAAACUACAGAAGCACUGAAAUCUGAAGAGAAAUCAAUGGACCUUUCUGCCAUGCCUCGUGGGACACCUUUGUAUGGACAGCCAGCCUGGUGGGGUGAUGAUGAAGCUGAUGAAAAAAGUGGUUGUAAGCCAGACAGCAAGCAUGAAGAAAAAAUGCAUGAGACGGGGGCUUCAGGAUGCAGCACAGAUGCCAAGCAAGCUGAGGAGCAAUCUGCAGCUGCAAGUGAAGAACUUUAUCCUUUCUGUAGGGAGCCAAGUUAUUUUGAAAUCCCUACAAAAGAAUUCCAGCAACCUUCACAGGUAGCGGAGAGCACUGUUCAUGAAGUUCCAACGAAAGACACCCAAAGCUCCCAUGCAGCAGGUGCAGGGCAUGCUUCCUUUACCAUUGAAUUUGAUGACAAUACUCCAGGAAAAGUAACAAUCAAAGAUCACGUGACAAAAUUCACAUCAGAACAGCGUCACAAGUCAAAAAAGCCUUCUUCCUCCAGUGGUCAGGACCUGCCUGGGCUUCAGACGGUGAUGAUGGCUGCAGAGAGUAAAGUAGCAGAUUGGCUAGCACAGAACAAUCCUCCUAGAAUGAUAUGGGAACCAACAGAGGAUGAUUCCAAAAGUAUUAAGAGUGACGUUCCAGUGUACUUGAAGAGACUGAAAGGGAAUAAGCAUGAUGAUGGUACACAAAGUGAUUCAGAAAAUGCUGGUGCACACCGGCAUUACAGUAAGCAGGCAGCACUUGAAGAACACUUAAGGCAUCAUCAUACAGAGAUGAAAAAGUCACACCAGAAAGUCCAUUCCACAGAAAAGCAACAAGAGCAAGCCGUUUUGAGUCAGACUGCCUUUAUGAUUGAGUUUUUUGAUGAAGACCAUCCUCGAAAGAGACGUUCUUACUCUUUUUCUCAGAAUGUAGGAGCUCUGUGCCCAGAAUCUCCAUCUCCAACACCUCAUGCGCGAUCUGAAAGAGUGAAACCUACAUCAGCAGAGAAAGCAGUCUCUUCAUCUGUGCAAGCUAACUCAUUGCAUCACAGGGCAGUACACGGUGUUCAUGCAAAACUUCUAAAACAAAAAUCAGAAGAACCCUCUGCUGCGUUACCUGUCUUACAAGCUGCAUUGUUAAGGAGUUCGGGAAGCCUUGGCCACAGGCCUAGUCAGAACCAGGAGAUGGACAAAAAGUUGAAAAGCCAACAUAUUCCUUCUGCUACUGAAAAGGAAAAUGAGGAUGACCAGAGUGACAAAGGUACUUACACUAUUGAGUUGGAAAAUCCCAAUUCUGAAGAAAUGGAAGCCCGUAAAAUGAUUGACAAG